UCUACAGUUAGUAAAGCGGUCUCCAUACUACCGCACGUCUGUGGCACAGACAUCGUUUUCGAAAAAAAAAAUCACUGACAGCUGUCAAAAUUCACAGUGGAUUUUGUGUUUUGUGCGUGUUGUGAAAUUAAAAUUAACGACUUUGUGAGCGCGUGUUACUUGAUUUAGAAAAUUUUUGCCGUUAUUCGUACUUAAAGGCCCGCAGUCGUCGUCCCGCCGCCGACGCGUGCGCACCUCGCAGACCGUGUGUGUGUGUGAUGUACUAGUGUUGUAGUGUGUGUACAACAUGCAGGGCCGGGAUAAGUUGUGUGCCAAGCUCACGAGCGCCUUUCUCAGGAAGUGGUGGUUCGUGCUCGCGUCAGCAAUAGUGCUAUUGCUGGCCGGCAUCAUCUGCGCCAUAUUCUUCGGCACCUGGGUCCGGCUGUUCAUAGACCAUGAGUUGGUCCUCAGGCCGGGCUCCAUGACGUUCGAGUGGUGGGCGAGGCCCCCGGUGCGGCCCUUCGUCAAAGUGUACGUGUACAACGUGACCAACGCGGACGAGUUCCUCAACAACGGCAGCAAGCCCGUGCUAGACGAAUUGGGACCUUAUAUAUACUCACAAGAAUGGGAGAAAGUGAACAUCACCGACAACGAGAACGGAACCCUGUCGUUCCACUACAAGAGGACGUACACGUACCGACCAGACCUCAGCGGGCGGUCGGACGACGACGCGGUGGUCGUGCCCAAUAUACCUAUGCUGAGCGCCACAUCGCAGUCCAAGCACGCCGCGCGCUUCCUCCGGCUUGCCAUGGCGUCCAUCAUGGACAUCCUGAAGAUCAAGCCGUUCGUGGAAGUGUCUGUGGGGCAGCUGCUGUGGGGCUACGAGGACCCGCUGCUCAAGCUGGCCAAGGACGUGGUGCCGAAGGAGCAGAAGCUGCCGUAUGAGGAGUUUGGGCUGUUCUAUGGGAAAAACGGCACAUCCUCCGACAUCGUCACGAUGUUCACCGGUUACGAGGACAUGAAGACUUACGGCAUCUUCGAGCGGUACAACGCCCGCGACAAGCUGCCUCACUGGACAACUGAUCAGUGCAACAGCAUAGCUGGAUCUGAUGGCUCCAUCUUCCCCCCUCAUAUCACGAGGAAUGACACCUUGAAGGUCUACGAUAAGGAUCUGUGCCGUCUGCUGCCCCUACAAUACCUCCGCGAUGUGGAGUCCCCAGCGGGCGUGCAAGGAUACCGCUUCACCCCGCCGCUCGAUGUGUUCGCUGCCGACGACCACAACCGGUGUUUCUGCCCCGCUGGGCCGCCGUGCGCGCCCUCUGGCUUGUUCAACGUGUCACUAUGUCAAUAUGAUUCCCCGAUCAUGCUGUCUUUCCCCCAUUUCUACCUGGCGGACGAGAGCCUCCGCGACGCCGUCGAAGGCAUCUCGCCGCCCGAACCGGAGAAGCACAGACUCUACAUCGAUGUGCAGCCUGAGAUGGGCAUAGCGAUGAGCGCCCGGGCCCGCAUCCAGAUCAACCUGGCCGUGUCGCAGGUGGUCGAUAUCAAGCAGGUGGCCAACUUCCCCGACAUCGUGUUCCCCAUCCUGUGGUUCGAGGAGGGUAUCGACGAGCUGCCGGAGCAGGUGUCGUCGCUGCUCCGGCUGGCGACGAAGGCGCCGCCUAUAGCGCGCGCCGCGCUCGGCUGGGGGCUCUCCGCGCUCGGCGUGCUGCUACUGCUGCUCGCCGUCACCUGUCUCAUACGAUCAUCACACCGCCAAAGCACGCUACGGCUGGAAGGUCACGCCGUCGCCAAACCCCCGCCCGCCAAAGUGCCCAGCAAAGACAACGGGUACGAACUCAAUAACAGAAGAUAACUCCCGCGCCGCUAGACAAUCACUCGAGGCGGCCAGAGAUGGCGCUACUGCGCCGCGGUAGUGUCUGGUAUACAGUAAUAGAUGGCGCCACUGUCUUUGAAUAAUAUUCCAAAUAAUGCACGCGAAUUGAAGUUCGUAUUUCGUCUAUCUGUGUCACUGUCGCUCUUGCAUCGGGUGAAUGAGAUGGCGAUACACGAACUUGGAACUUCAGAUUUCGCGAUAAUGCUUCUUAAACUUAAAUGAAACAGAUAAGUUAUGAAUGAGCCUUCACAGAUUUUUAUCUUGAUCGUUACCUUGACAUGGCUCAGUGCCGCCACCUAUUUUUUCUUAUAGGAAAAGAACUGAAUCUCAUACGUAUCUUUAAGAGACAGUGGUCGUCUCGGGUGUAAAAUAGAUUUAUUAAAUCUCAAAACAAAUUAAACAUCAGAAACUGGAUAAAUUAUUUAAAACGUUGACAAGAAUAUUUAAGCUCGCAGGAACGAUUGGAAGGAAUUAUUUAAAUGUUCUGAAUUCUUCCAUUUUAUUUUAGGAUUAUUAGUAAUAAACAAAUCGCUGCAACUUAUGAGUUGUAUUGACUAAACAGUAGAUGGCGUUGCCAAACUUAAAAAUAGUUCUUUUCAUUUGUUCCGAUGAUACUUUUAAAAGUAAAAAAAUUACGUAAAAGCUUGUUUUUAUCAACUGACAUAAAUAGAGAUUGUCUUUUUUACAAAUAGCAAAGACAUUUUUUUUUAUAAUAUUAAAAGAAUUGUAUCGAUGUAACUUAAUUUAGUGCUGAAAAAAUAACUUUUCGAGUUGUUUUUUGUAUUAUUUUUAAUGAGCGACUCGACGACUUAUUUUUUUUAAUAAAAUAAAAUGUUAUUCGACCGUUUUGUAUACAGGUCGGCUUCUACUUAAACAACGAUUGUGAUACAAACAUUACAAUUGUGUCAAAUAUUGAACAAAAUGUUAUUUUAUGAGGAUUUAAAUUAAAUUAAAUUUUGUAUUUUCUAUACUUAUACUAUAUUACUUGUAAAUAUGUCCUAUGUAUAUGUGCUAAUGAUGGGUCAGUUGUAAUGGUAUUUAACGGUUGUUUUGACCCCAAUUUAUAGGCAACAAAUACUAGAUGGCGCUAUUUUUUCACUAAACGCGGUCACUAAGAAUGACCGCUUCCAUUUUAUCAAAAACGCCGUAGUAUUUUUUACAACUCAACUUUAACCUAAACCUAACCUUAAAAACUAUUUUUUCAAAACUGCGCCAUCUAGUGUUUUUUGCCGAUUUAACUCAUGUUCUUCUUAAUUUGGGCUUGGGUUGCCAUGUAAUUUGUUUUAUCGGUCUUAAGGCAAAUGUGAUUGACAUACUAUUAUUAUAAAGACCGGUUACGAAUUCACGUCAUCUCGCCAUUUUAAGUCUCCCAACUUUACAGUCCUUGGCUUGGCUUAUUUCAAAAGACAUAACCUCAAAACCUCAAACCUACCAACUCCCUAACCUAUAGUUUCACAAAAAAGAGUAGAAAUUAUAAAGUGGCAAUACUGUCGUGUCGUCCCUUUCAAAUCAAUCUAUAUAAGAAAACGGGACGAUACUACAGUAUUGCCACUUUUUAAUUUCUCAUCUUUUUUUUCAGACUAUAAAAUAAGUUUUUUUUUUACAAACAAGCAAAAACCGUUAUUUUAAGAUCACAAUAUUGGAUAUUUUCUCUUAAGAAUUUAUUUUAUCUUAAUCGAAAGGUGACUUGAAUUUGUAGCCUGCCUGUACUUACCAAUAGCUAGUCUUUAAUCUCGUGGGUCCGUCCAUAGUUUUAUAUUUUUUUAUGUAUUAACUUUAAAAUAUUUUCUUACCAUUUUAUUUCGUAGUUCUUUUUAACUGUCUUGGAAAGGUUAGUACGUAGUAAGUCAUUUAAUGUAAUUCUUAGUUUAGGUUCGGUGCGUUACCUCCGGGAUGAAAUGUAUUGUAUUUGCGCAUUCGUGUAAAAUGACAUGGUUUUAGAAACCAAAUAUCCAUAUUGUAAAUUUAAUGAAAGCGCCACCUGUCGGCAAAUUGUGAAACGUUUAUGUCAACUAACAACUGUUCUCAAUAUGUCACCUGAUCACCUCACAGGUAACUUGUGUCAUUCUAUGGAACUUGCUUACUAUGCAAACAAAAGUUCCUAGUAAAUUCAUCAUUUUUGACAGUUUCAAUAUGGCGGUUUAUUUACAUAGUUAGCAAGUUCCAUAGAAUGACACUUUGGUACUGAUUUUAAAACAAAAUGAAUACUACUCACACAUCUAUAUUGUUUUGAGUUCUACAGAAAACGUCGUGUAGACGACAAGGGGCCUAUUAUUGUAGAUUCUACAUUCUGUAUCUCUUAUUCAAACUUUGGGUAGAUAUUUGAAUUUCUGUAGAUACCCUGUAACAAUUACUUUAAGGAAUAGAAACAAAAAUAUUGAGAACAGUCCGUUAGAUGUUGUAAAAUUAUGGAUUUCAGUUAGAUAAUAUCAUAACACAUCACGUCUCUAAUCAAGACAAUAGUUUGACUUUAUAAGUUAGGGUGGUAUUUGACGCAUCACAUUCCAUGUAAGGUAAAUUAGACUGACAUUGGUAAAUAUGACUUUAAUAUGACAUUUCAAUAUUGAAUCUUACAAUUUACUUCAUAUUUUUGUAAACAUAUUUUCAAAUUCUUAAUGUAUAUUGUAUUUUGGAUUCCAAUUAUGACAUGUUAUAAAAUGUUUGUUAUUAUAUAUCACUUGUUGACUGGCAUGUUUUAUCCGCAUGACAAUAAUUAUAUUAGCCAAAUAUGUCCUAGCACUUGUGAACUUUGAAAAGCGACCUUUUUUUUAUUCUUAUUGUAGGUUACAAAGAAUAUUUACAAUUUGGUGCCUGUGACCAGGAUAUUUUUAUUUAUAAUUAAUUACUAUUAGAAAAGGCGGGGCUUAUUUUAUAUGCAAUAAUAAAUACGUAAUUUUAUUUAUACACGAUGCAACAAUGUAUGUGAUAGUCCUUAAUUUUCAAAACCAAGUCAUCCGACAAAUGUUAUUUUUAAAUCUAUUAAAAUGUACCAAAGCGCCAGGUCAGGUUUUUCAUGAUAAAGCAAAAUUUUGGAAUGCAGAAUUAUUAAGAAGAAAGACAGCUGAAUUUAAAAGCUGUUUUGACAAUUGUUUAUUUAAUGGUCGUCACAGUGCUAGGUCUGUGGGUGCUAUGCUCAAACUACAGACAUAUCACAACGUAUGCUAGUGCUCAGUGCUCAAGUCUGUUAGACGGAACGAGUGUGUAAAUAAAGGUGUAUGUUAUAUGACAA